UAAAAGCUAUUUUCGGCUAUAAAAUUUUAAAAAGCAACAUUCGAACACAGACUGUACAUUCUAUAGAGGUAUUCUGGAUAGAAAUCUGUGUGAUGUCUGAAAAAAGACUUGAGGUUAUGUUUAGUUAGGUUAGGUUGAUUUGUUUCGAUCGAGCUUUUACGCCAAUGUAAAACUGUAAAAAAAUGGACGAAGAAAAUGAAAAUCCGAUAAAAAAUGGCAAUCGAGAGGAGAAGAAGGAUUUGUGCAACGAGGCAAUCAAUGGCAUCGUCCGCAGAGAGGAUUUACAUCCCUUUUUCGAACGUAGUGACCACAGCGUCAACAAGGUUCACUUUUCGGCGGUGCCCCAAAUCUGCAGGGACGAGCCAUGCCAGCUCGGAGUCGACGAGGCGGGUCGCGGCCCGGUCUUGGGCCCGAUGGUAUACGGAAUCUCGUACUCCCCGUUGUCCCAGAAGCAGCUGCUGGUCGAUCUGGGCUGCGCCGAUUCCAAGAGCCUGACGGAGAAGAAACGCGACGAGAUAUUCGACGAUAUCUGUAAGCAUAGGGACAGCAUCGGCUGGGCGAUCGACGUGAUAUCGCCCAACGUUAUCGCCAACAGCAUGUACCGUCGCACCAAGGUCUCGCUCAACGAGGUCUCCAUGAUGUCGGCUACGAAUCUGAUACGGGGAGCGAUCGAGGCGGGGGUGAACGUCGCCGAGAUCUACGUCGACACCGUCGGCAAGCCCGAGUCUUACCAGGCGCGGCUGGAAGGCGUGUUUCCCGGCGUCAAGAUAGUCGUGGCGAAGAAGGCCGACGCGACCUAUCCGAUCGUCAGCGCGGCCAGCAUAUGCGCCAAGGUGUCGCGCGAUCACGCGAUACGCGCGUGGCGGUUCCGCGAGGGCGAGGGCAUCGCGGCGGAGUACGGCAGCGGCUACCCCACCGAUCCGGCGACGAAAAAUUGGCUGGCCGCGAACGUGGACCAGGUGUUCGGCUUCCCGCAGCUCGUCCGCUUCAGCUGGUCCACCGCCGAACAGAUUCUCGAGUCGAAAGCGUUCACGGUAGAGUGGGAAGAAACGGAGGAGACGGAGACCUCCAACGAGCAGAAGAUUCUCAAGUUUUUCGCCAAGUCCCCGACUAAGUCGUCGUUGAACGUUCACGCGAAAAAACAUCCAUUCUUCACGGAACGCUGCCUGUUCAACGCGACUGUCUUAUGAUAUUUGCUUUAUGCUGAUUCUCCGUCCCUUCCCGUUGCGGUCGUAUAAUGGGAUUUUAAAGACUCUUAACUUAAGAUAUAUAUUUUAAUAGGAAUUAUUAUUAUAUACUUAGCUUUUAAUAUUCAGCAACAGUUUUUAUAAUUAAUCGGGACAUGUAACGAGAAAUUCGAAGUAAGAGCCGAUUAAACGAACGUUUCGUAUCGAAGAUGCAUAAUAAAAUAUUCAACAUAUCA